CAUGAUCUUCAUUAGCAUAAAGAGCUUGGUAAGUUGCCGAGUCAAACGAGCUCAUUGAGUGACUAUUCUAUUUGGAGUGGAACGUGCCUAAGUAAAUACACGGACCACAUUGAAGUUCCCGUUGUAUGUAAUUAAUGAGUAAACUGGGUACUAAGUUCACGUCUACAGACGAACUGUGACUUUUUAGUUUGUACGCUCAAACCACGGCCACUACUUCAUAAACGUCCUUUUCGCCCCACUAGUACUUGUAAUGGCUGGCGAGGAUACAGGUGACCCGCGGAACUUACUGAAGCUCAACAGAAAGUUACUAAUCCAGGAUAUUCGUUCAAUUGAACCUAUACUAGACCACUUGUAUCAGUGCGGCGAUAUCACCGAAGAGGAGGCAGAAGAAAUACGAGGAAAGGCGACGCCUCAAGAAAAGGCAAGAACUCUGUUAGACAUCGUCGCCACGAAGGGUAAGAAGACGUACUAUCACUUCCGUGAAUCCUUAAAAACACUGUAUCCCCACUUGGAAGAAAUCUUACACCGGUGUCCUUUGCACAACACGCGACUCAAGCUGUACUGUGAGGUGUGCGAGUGUUUGAUAUGUAUGGACUGCAAAUGUCUACAUGGGACGCACGCCGCGACUUCUGUGGUAGCUGUCGCCGACGAAGUCAGGUCCAGUUUUGUCUCUUUCGUUCGAGAAAACCGCAAGAAACUGACGUCAAAACAUGGCCUAGAAAUAAGCCCUCCAGAAAGGAAACACCUGACUGUUUGGGCAGAGGGUAGAGCAGCGCAUCUACAAGCACAGGUCACCAGGCGGAUCGAACAGGAGAAAGAGUGGUUUAUAGCCAGGCUGUAUCAACGGCCAGGCUCGACUGUUUCUAGCGUAGCGGAGUCAUUCGGCGACAGAGACCGAUCCACGAGUGUAGAAGAACCACCCAACGACAAGAAGGAACAGUGUUGGGUAACAGCAGGACAAUCAAGACAUGCACUUUGUCAGGUUGUUCAUAGCAAGUUGUGUAUAAACAUCCCGAAGAUAGCGAAGGUCAUCCACGAGAACCCGUGGCUGCCCCCGGACGACCAGCGGCUGCUCCAUCGGGUGAUGACGCUCGUGCUGGAGGAACCGCGCCAGGUCGUCUGGUACGACGCCGAGAUAACCGUCCAAGGUGUGAACAUAUCAGGUCUGAAAUUCACGGCGGGAGACAAGACUAACAGAUACUUUGUGCACCUAAUAAGCGUUCCAAAGCCCUGCGAUGUAUGCGAAGAGAAGAAUUGGCGUAAAACACAAUACAGUGACGUUUUGAUAUGGGCUGAGGUGACAAACCAAUAACUCUAUAUUGACAAAGCAAUUA